GUCUAUCGGAAAAUCAUUGCCCAACCGUCAGUCUCAAUCAAAAAGUAUGUCAAGUUAGUCACCGUUGUGCGAUGGACAUGGAACCAAUUGUGGUCGGCUUACAUAACGAAUCCGGAUCGACAUUCCUUCAGGAUCGAUGGAAUUCGUUGCUGGACACGAUUGGUGACGAACCGGAGUUCCUGUACGUGUGGGCGUUGACCACCUGGGUCAAUGGGUUCUUUUGGGCCUUCGGAGGCCUGUUCGUCCUUAUGGACGUCUUCAAUCGUCCCCGAUGGCUGCGAAAGUUCAAAACACAACCCGGAACGAAUGAGCCCCUGGAAUGGACCGGUCUAUGGAGAGUGAUGAAAACGAUCCUCUUCAAUCAAACAGUGAUCGGAGUUCCGCUGACCUACAUCGGGUUCCACACGGCAGGAAAGUCCAAUCUUCCGGAUGUUCGAGUCCUUCCGAGUACCUUCGAAGUCGUGCGAGAUUUGUGUGUCUGCUUGUUCUUCGCCGAAGUGGGAUUCUACUACAUACAUCGGUUCUUGCAUCUGAAGCCACUGUAUCGGCACGUACACAAGAAGCACCACGAAUGGACGGCCCCUUUUGCGUGGGCUGCGAUGUAUUGCCAUCCGGUGGAGCACAUUCUGAGCAAUAUGAUUCCUCCGAUCAUUGGUAUUCAUCUGAUGAAGAGUCACCUGGCGACGGCUGCCCUGUGGUUUCCUUUGGUGAUCGUGAAUACGGUGCGAGAUCACUGUGGGUAUCAUUUGCCGUUUUUCCCCAGCUCGGAGUAUCACGACUAUCAUCACGCCAAGUUCACGGAGUGUUUCGGAACGUUUGGCUAUCUGGAUUGGUUACACGGAACCGAUAGGCAGUAUCGCAAGAGUAAGCAGUGUCUCCGGCACAGGUGGCUGUGGUCGACAAAGUCGGCCCGGGAACUCAUUCCGGAUAAAUGAAUCAUGAUGGGUGGAUUUUAAAGAUGAUAAGGGGCUUAAUGUAAUAAACUUUCUGAUUGUGAUACAAAA